AGCAUCGAUCUGCAUUGUCCGUUUGCAAUAAUUCACUGCAGCGGGACGGUUAAUCCAGAAAAUUCUUUGAUCGAUGGCUCUUUUUGGGUUUGGGCAAUCAGCUGAUAUUACCAUAAAGUUGGAUGACGAAGAGACGCGAAAAACUGCGAAAAUACGCGGCGAAGAUGGGCAACAGGAGACCCAUUACUUGUUCUACGAUGGCGAAACUAUUUCCGGCACUGUAAAUGUUGCUCUAAAGAAGGCCAAUCAGAAACUUGAGCAUCAGGGCAUAAGGAUUGAAUUUAUUGGACAGAUAGAGGUUUAUUACGAUCGUGGCAAUCAACAGGAUUUUAUCUCGUUAACAAAAGAUUUGGCACGACCCGGCGAACUCACACAGAAUUCCUCGUUUCAUUUUGAGUUUCAUAAUGUCGAAAAGCCAUAUGAAUCUUAUAUGGGUAUCAAUGUGAAGCUGAGAUACUUCCUGAGAGUGACCAUUGUUCGCCGGAUAACGGAUAUCACAAGAGAGAUGGAUCUAAUCGUUCAUACCCUUAGCAGUUACCCGGACGCUGAUGUGAAUCUGAAGAUGGAUGUUGGAAUAGAAGACUGUCUGCACAUUGAGUUCGAGUAUAAUAAGAGCAGAUAUCACCUUCAAGAUGUGAUCGUGGGCAAAAUUUAUUUUGUCCUUGUUCGAAUCAAAAUCAAACACAUGGAAAUCACAAUCAUCAAGUCCGAAACAGUUGGAUCCGGGCCGAAUGCUGCGAAAGAAACAGAUCCAGUUGCCAAGUUCGAGAUCAUGGAUGGUGCGCCUGUAAGAGGCGAAUCCAUUCCAAUACGUCUGUUUCUUGCUGGUCACGAUCUAGCACCUACAAUGCGCGAUGUGAGCAAGAAAUUUUCCGUCCGAUAUCUGUUGAACUUGGUCCUAGUUGAUGAGGAGGAUCGACGGUAUUUCAAGCAACAAGAAGUUACGCUGUGGCGCAAGGCUGACAAGCCAGUCAGGAAGAUCUUGGAACCUGCAACAGUGGACGCUAGUACUAAUGGGUUAGAAGAUACUGCCAAGGCGAAUGUUGCCGGAGAUCAUGCGAAUGGCCGAGACGUGACUGCAGAUGAUGAACAGUAAAUCGGACACCUUCUUGCAUUUAUUUGUGUUUCCUUUCAACAUUUCAUAUCGUUUUUCAAACUGAGACCGUGUUCUAACUCACGAAACUUUCAAUCACUCGACCAUAAUUGCGCUAGUUUCUACGGAAAACAUGGGUUUAUCUUAGCACUUGGAAAAAACUUUGAAACCAUUUGUUACCGGUGUUCUUACUCUGUCAUGUCUGAUUGUAAAGUCACAACUGGUAUGAGAAUUUUACAUAUAACUUGAUUGUCUCCUUCCCCCUCUCACGAGCCCUGCAUGUACAAUUAGGGUUGAUGUACAGUGCUGUAGAGCGACUUGCUUCCAUCAUUUUCGAGUUUUUACCUGCAGAUUUAAGUCUGUUUUAACUUCUUUCAGAUUGUACUUUUCUAAUAAUUUAUUUUGUUCAAAAGUAGCAUUAUUAACGUUCUGUGAUACGUAUAUUUCUGAAUGAUAAAAGUAUCCUGAUU